AGCGAGAAGAAUGGCUUAGCUAAAACCGGCGAAUUCAUCUGACUGUAUCAGGGAAAAAAUGACUGGGAGAAACCAAUACAAUGCCUUCCAGUCAGCUACGACGAUGCAGCCUGCAACUGGGGGUCACACUUAUAUCUUCGGAAACAAUUCUGAGACGGAGUGCUCUGAGGAGGAUAGCGAGAGCUACGAGCUCCGCUCCAGAGGCAGGGAGAGGCUCCGGCGCAGUACCUCCAGAGAGCGAAAGGAUGACGUUGUCUACGUGAUGCGGGAUGUUAUGGAGGGAGACACAUUGAUUAGCAUUUCACUUCAGUAUUUCUGCUCUGUUGCUGAUCUAAAGAGGGCCAACAAUCUCCUGACAGAGCAGGACUUCUUCGCCUUGAGGUCCAUCAAAAUCCCUGUGAAGAAGUUUAGCUUGUUCACGGAAACACACAGCACGGCCCCCCACAAAACGAGCUCGCCUAGCGGCGUUCGCAGAGUCCUGGAGAUCCCGCCGAGUGCAGGUGACACGGACUCCGCUCCCUCUUCUUCCUCCUCAACUGACAGCGUGGAGUGCUUCCUGCAGGAGAAGGACAAGGAUAUUGAGCUUCUGGUCAAAUACUCCAACCCGUCCAGAAGCAGUCUGAGCGAGGUGGUGUCCUCGCUGAACUCCCAGCAGCCUGUUCAGGGCGAAGCAGAGCGCAGGUCAACAGCAAGGAAGGACCCAUACUACGGCGCGGACUGGGGUAUGAGGUGGUGGACUGCGGUAGCCAUUAUGCUCGUGGUAGGCAUUGUCACGCCGGUGUUCUACCUGCUGUACUAUGAGGUGCUGAUGAAAGCGGACGUUAGCCACCACACUACUACGGAGUCCAUCAGGUCCGAGCCUACACUCUCAAACCUUGGUGUUGCGCCUGGUCUGCCAGCAGCUAAGGCUGUUGCUCACCAAGAUUCCCUCAUACAUCCAGCUGUUGAACAUCCAGCAUCUGUGCUGGGACAGAAACAGAAGACAUAGAGAGGGAUGACAUGGACCGGUGUAUUAGUUUGGGGAUUUUUCUACAGACUUGCAAACAAAACCACUUUCCUAGUGAUAAAUGUUUGACCUUAAAAGGACAUGUUUGAUAUUUUUGAACCACUUCACUAUGGACGAUGUAUUGAUUUCGUGAACAAGUGCUUGAUGUGCGCUACUUGCAGAUAUAAAAGCAAAAAUGACUUGUGUCAGCCUCUGGAGAAGAUUAAAAGUGUAUCCUCAGUGAAAUAUAUGGAGGCACAGUAAA